AAGAGGGGGACAGAACAGUGUGUGCCCUAGGGGCCUCCUCCUGUCCUUUUCUCUCUGCCUCCCCGCCUCCAUCUGGCUCCAGUUUCAUAUUUCCCUUAUGCUGGGGACUUCACAUGGGACCCUCGAGCCUCAGGCCGGACUCAGAGUGGGAAAGCUCCUGGUGCCACGCGGGGAAGCACACACCACCCCUCCAAUCCUGCCUGCUACCCUGGCAGCCUCUGGGCCUGAGCCAGGGUGAUGCUGAAGAUGAUGACCUUCCAAGGCCUCCUGGACCAGCGUCCUGUGCCAGGCACCCUUGACUUCCUCAGACACCCCCAGAAGUUGCCCUCCCCAUCAGAGGCAGACUCAGAAGCCUCCAUGUCUGAGGCCUCCUCUGAGGACCUUGCACCGCCCCUGGAGGCUGGGGUCUCUCCAGAGCUGGAGGGGGUCAAAGCCGUGAAGAAGAAGAAGAAGCCGAAAGCCCUGGCCAGUGUCUUCAACUUAUUCAAAGGGAAAAAGAAGAAGAGCUCGCCCUGCUCAGUGCAGCCGGAGCUGCCAGAGCCUGGGCUGGGGCUGGACAGCCGGGCGCCCACAGUGGAAGAGCUCAAGGCGGCGCUGGAUGACGGACGACUGGAGGUGGCAGGGUCCCUGCUGGCACUGGAGCAGGAGCUGGUGGCCUUGGCGAUGGCAGGCAGCCUGGACGCAGAGGAGCUGGUACAGCGGCAGAGCAAGGUGGAGGCGCUGUACACACUGCUGCGUGACCAGGUGCUAGGUCUGCUGCGCCAGCCCCUGGACGCUGCGCCUGAGCGGCUUCGCCAGGCGCUGGCCAUUGUGGUUGAACAGGAACAUGCGGACCAGCGGGCAGCUGAGGCCGGGCCUGGAGUGACAACACUGGUGACCACGCGUCCCCGAUGCUGGCUGCAGCAGUGGCGGCAUGGUGUGGCUGUGGUGGCCUCUGAGCGCAUGGGAGCGCGGCCAGCCGCGGGCGCCGAGGGCCUCUCGGAGAUGGAAGGCACCUUCCUGCACAUGGGCCGCACCAUGAAGGAGGACCUGGAGGCCGUGGUGGAGCGGCUUCGGCCUCUGUUCCCAGCUGAGUUUGAUGUCAUGGCCACCUACGCACGCAGCUACCAUGAGCACUUUGUCACCCACGUGGCAGCCCUGACGCAGUUUGAGCUGUGUGAGCGCGACACCUACCUGCUGCUGCUCUGGGUGCAGAACCUCUACCCGAACGACAUCCUCAAAAGCCCCAAACUGGCAGGUGAUCUGCAGGGCAUCAGCCUCGGGAGCCUGCUGUCCCCUAGGCAGAUCCAGACACUGGAGGCCAUGUUCCUGUCCAAUGAGGCGGCCAACGUGAAGGAGCUGAUGGCUCGGGCCUUGGAGCUGGAGUCACAGCGCUGGGACCAGGAUGUGGCUCCACAGAAGCUGGACGGCCGCUGCCACAGUGAGCUGGCCAUCGACAUCAUCCAGAUCGUCUCCCAAGGCCAGGCCAAGGCUGAGAACAUCACCCCCAGUCUGGGGCUGCAGAUGAAGCAGAUCCUGCUGGUGGAGCUGGCCACGUUCCUGAGGAGCUACCAGCGCACCUUCGAUGAAUUUCUGGAAAGAGGCAAACAGCUGAGAAAUUACAGGGCUAACGUCAUUGCCAACAUCAACAACUGCCCAGCCUUCCGGACAUCCAUGGAGCAGAACUGGCAGGCGAUACAGGAUCCCCGGAGCCACCUGCUGGACCCCCUGAGGGAACUCAAGAGCCACAGCUUUGACACCCUGCUCCAGAGCCUGUUCUUGGACCUGAAGCCUCUGUUCAAGAGGUUCACGAAGACCCGCUGGGCAGCGCCUGCCGAAACCCUGGAGGAAAUCCUUACCACCGUGGGCGGACAGCUGCCACAGUUCCAGGAGCUACAGGACGGCUGCUGGGAGGAGCUCAUGGAGGCUGUGCACCUGCACCUGGUGAAGGAAUACAUCGUCUGCCUCUGCAAGCGCCCCCUGGUCCUCAAGACAGCCGAGCAGCAGCAGCAGCUGGCGAGGCACAUCCUGGCCAACGCUGAAGCCAUCCAGCACUUCUGCAUGCAGAACGGCUCCCCUGCGAACUGGCUGCACCCUGCCCUCCCCACGCUUGCCGAGAUCAUCCGCCUGCAAGACCCCAGUGCCAUCAAGAUGGAGGUGGCCACGUAUGCCACCUCAUACCCCGACUUCAGCAAAGGCCACCUGAGUGCCAUCCUGGCCAUCAAGGGGAACCUAUCGAGCAGUGAUGCCAAGAGCAUCCGGAACAUCCUGGACCUCGACACUGGCACUCGAGCGCCCUCGAGGCCCCUGUUUUCACUUAUAAAGCUUGGAUAGCUUUUCCUGUAGCUGACCUGCUGUGAGCCUCGGGGAACAGCUGCCCUUCCCACUUGGAGGCUGUCGGGACUGGCACUGCCCGCCAAACCCCCUCACAGGCCUCCUGCGUUCUGAUGCCCAGCCUGGCUCUGGAGUAGACCGUGUGCCACUGGAGCAGACCGUGUGCCACUGGAGCCUGGCAGAGCCCAGUUCAUGUGUGUUAGGUGGAAUGGGGCACCCAAUGUGGGCACCCAAAGAACUGGCUGACCCUUGUUGGCGCACACAAGCAGCAAGCUGGGGUGUAAAAGGUACAGUCAGGGGCCGGGGAUCCUGGGCCACCCCUCCUAUGGAUGGGUUUGGUGCCCCUGCUGGCUCCCUAGGACCCGGGCCAACCUGGGCUCAGCAGCUCUGACUGCAGACAGAUCUCGGGGGACUCCCAGCUGGGGCAUGGAAGGAGCAUGUGGGGUCCCAUGGUGAGCCGGGGAAGGCAGCAGACCCACGAGCAGGGCUCGGGGGCCAGUAGGUUGCCCUUGGGGCUCAGGCCUGGAUCCUCCUGUCCCUCCCAGGGCUUCCCUGAGAGAGUCUUUGGGGUCACUGACGUGCUCUGCAGCUGGCCCUUGAAGGUCCACUGUGUUCCUGUUCUACUUCAGGAAAACAAAUCUCUGUCCCCUCCCCACAAAAGCACUGCUCCCCCUGGGUCCAGCCAACUGGGCCUCCGCUACGCCUCUGGGUAUGCGAAGCUGGGGUUCAGCAGCAGCUCUUUGGAACACCCCUCCUUCCCCAGGUACUGCCUCAGGAGCCUAGAGCCCGGCCAGGUGUGGUGGACACAUCUGUGAUCCCAGCCACCUGCAUGCAGCUCAGAGCUCCAGGACAGUGGGUGCUGCAGGAUUAAGCCUGCUGGGAUCCCACAUGCCCAAGGCCCUGGCUCCACCCCCAGUAUCCCCCCAAAAGGGACGCAUUUAGGGUUUUGUGCAUUUGUAGGAGUUGCCUUGUGUAAUGUUAUUAGUAUUAUUUUUUAUUGUUCUGCUUUUGUAAGAUCUGGGUUUUUAUAGUGUGAUAUAAAAAGCUAUUUCCGGGGCUGGGGAUUUAGCUCAGUGGCAUAAGCGCCUGCCUUGCAAGCAGGCAGUCAUGAGUUCGAUCCCUGGUACCGAUAAAAAGGAAAAACAAAACAAAACAAAAAAAGCUAUUUCCAAAA